AGCGGCCGAGCCGGCGGGAAGGCCUCUCGCUCCUCGGCCCGGCGGGGUCUGGCGGGAGCGCCGGCGGGAGCGGCGCCGAGGCCCCAAGCCUGCCCCUGAGACCCGGCGUGGCCAGUGCCCGGGACGGGACCCGGGCGGCGCGGAGGUCGGGAGGAAGCCGCGCGGAGCCCCGGCGCCGAGCUCCGAGGCCCAGCGGCCUGGGCCGCGUCACCGCAGCCACAUGGCCUCGGGAGGGGGCGCGGCCUUCGAGGAGCUGCCGCACGACGGCACGUGUGACGAGUGCGAACCCGACGAGGCCCCGGGGGCCGAGGAAGUGUGCCGAGAGUGCGCCUUCUGCUACUGCCGCCGCCACGCCGAGGCGCACGGGCAGAAGUUCCCCAGCCACCAUCUGACCCCGUACGUCCACGGCGCUGCCCAGGCCUCGACCGCCGGGGCCCCGGGGCAGGGCGAUGCGAAGGAAGAAGCCGGGGCCAAGGUGGAGAAUGAGCGGGAUCUAGAGAGCGAGGUGGGGGAGGAGAGCGAGUCCGAGGAAGACAGUGAAUCGGAAGAAGAGAGCGAGACGGAGGAGGAGAGUGAGGAGGAGAGCGAUGAGGAGAGUGAAGAGGACAGUGAGGAGGAGAUGGAGGAUGAGCAAGAGAGCGAAGCAGAGGAAGACAACCAAGAAGGAGAAUCCGAGGCGGAGGGAGAAACGGAGGCAGAAAGUGAGUUUGACCCAGAAAUAGAGAUGGAAGCGGAGAGAGUGGCCAAGAGGAAGUGUCCGGACCAUGGGCUCGAUUUGAGCACCUAUUGCCAGGAAGAUAAGCAGCUCAUCUGUGUCCUGUGCCCUGUCAUUGGGACUCACCAGGGCCACCAGCUCUCCACCCUAGACGAAGCCUUCGAAGAACUAAGAAGCAAAGACUCAGGCGGACUGAAGGCAGCUAUGAUAGAGUUGGUGGAAAGGUUGAAGUUCAAGAGCUCAGAUCCUAAGGCAGUGAAGAGCAAGAGGAUGUAUACAGAUUACACUGAGUGGCUUCUGUGCAUGAUGAUAAUACAGGUAACCCGGGACCAGAUGAAGGUGUUCAUACAGCAGGAAUUUAAGAAAGUUCAGAAAGUGAUUGCUGAUGAGGAGCAGAAGGCCCUUCAUCUGGUGGACAUCCAGGAAGCAAUGGCCACUGCCCAUGUGACUGAGAUACUGGCAGACAUCCAGUCCCACAUGGAUAGGUUAAUGACUCAGAUGGCCCAAGCCAAGGAACAACUUGAUACCUCUAAUGAAUCAGCUGAGCCAAAGGCAGAGGGUGACGAGGAAGGACCCAGUGGUGCCAGUGAAGAAGAGGACACAUGAAGGCUUGCCAUCCCCCGUGGAAACUCAUCCCUUCCCCCCCGUGUGUAUGUGACGGCGUGUAUGUAGCGGCUUCUGAGUUCUGUGAAAGCUGCCCACCAACAACCGUACUUCCACCGGAUACAUCCCCAGGUCCACUACAGGCACAGAUCUCUCCAAGGGAUGACCGACUUUAUUGUUACUGACUAUGCUUUUCAUUCUCUCGUCAUGGUAGGUCAAGAAAAAGUGACCCUAUGAUCAACCAGGAACAGUUAAUUAAGAAGCGUCCUUCAGCUAGUCCUUCAUUGGCUGCUUUGAACUUACUCAGGAAAGCCAGCCCCCGUGAUAUUGUAUACUCAGACAGCAUCGCUUUAGCUGGAAGGUUCUGGAAUAAUCUUGAAGGGCAGUCAGAAUUUUUUUUCCUACCUGCUACUAAAACCCCACUUUAUUUAUAUUGCAGCAUGGAACAGUGGGGAGCACAGUAGGGCUCUGUAGAUAGUCUCUAAAAGUCCAGUUAUACAUUUGUGAAAAUGUGGCUCCAUGAAGUAAGAUGGGUGGCGUGAAGAUGGGGUGGGAGAAGGAGUUAAAAGUUCGAAAUACAGGGAUAUUUUUAGUACAUGAGGUUAUCUGGCACUUCAGAUCCAUAAUUCAGUGCUGUGGAAAUGAAAAAAAUGAUUGAAGAGGUAGAAAGGAAAUGACUUUAAAAAAAAAAAAAAGGACCAAAGAGAUCUGAUUAAAAGUUGAAAUCAGUAUUUCUGAACUCAAAUUGCCUGAAUUUCCAAAAUAGUCACUAAAGGAUCUGGUGGAACCUGAACAAUUUGGGUGAAUUCUGCCGGUUUUCUGGGUCUUGUUACAAUGUGAAGGCUGGGAUGUGUAUUACCAAGUGGGAAUUUUCAGUGUAUGUUUUUGUCACCCCCGCUCUAGCCCCCUUGGCCUCAUUUGGCUUAAAUGCAGUAGAGGGAGAGUUCUCGUCACUCUGGUCUGCUGAAUCAAGCCCCGUCUCCCAGCUGGCAUACCCACCUCUUCCUCCGGCUGGAACCCCUCUUCCCGUGGCACCCACCACAGGCCUUCAGCCCUGCCCACACACUCAGGCUCUCCCCUGUUAAGUACCAUGAGCAGAGACACGCCCCGGUGGGACUUGCAGCCUUUCCCCUCCCAAGUCCCAUUUCCUUACAACCAAGUUUUCUCCUCCCAAGUAAGCAGUGAUUACCAGGGAAUACAAACCUGCAAGUUAAAAAGCCUGCAUUUUCUGAAAACAUAAGUUUUACUUAACUGGUUUGGAGUCAAGGGAUAACCUUAUUUUUAGAUAAAACAGCUACAUCAUGAAAUCGAGUGUUCAUACACAAAGUUGAGAGAAAACGGGACACUUCACAGGGAAUUCGUAUUUACAGGUGGGGUGCAUGUUCCCUCUCGUCUGCCUCUAGUGGUGUUUUGGGGUUCACUUCUGAGAAGUAUAGUUGGCACUUAUCCAAGCAGCUGACCGAGGGCCUGGACCUCUAGUUGCCUCUGACGUGGAAUUGAAGGCGCCUGCACCGGGAAGAGUCCCUGUCUUCCUGCCUGCUUGCGACCCGCGUACCUGUCACAGAGCGUUAGGGCCAGCUGGCAUGUGCACGCGUGGUUUUGAGGCAGAAACAGUACUUACUGCAGGAACCCUAUUUAUAUCAUUGUUCAGUCCUGGGCUAGCUAUGAAAUUAUUUCUUUGAGGCCAGGAAGCUACCGGGCGUAUGUGCUUCUGGGUUAAGAUUAUUCUAGCUCACUAAAUAUGUUAGGAUGUCAGGACUGAGAGUACUUUGGGCUGUUUAAAAAAAAAAAAAAAAAAAUAUAUAUAUAUAUACACACACACACACAUAUACAUAUAUAUAUAUUACUCUCAAACUGGUGCCCCACCAAUGGGUGAGACAAUUUUGGUGCUUUACCUAUCCACCUGCAAAGACUGGAGAAUUUGGCAUACCACUAAUUACAGCCCCCCACUGUAUCCCACAGAACUACCCAUGAAGAGGGAUCAGUGGCUACUCUUACAGGAGUUUAAGAGCCAGAAGUUGAAGACUUUAGGAUCUAGAUGCUUGUGUUUGUCUCUCCCCAAUAAUUAUUGUUUAAUCUCCAAAUAGCAGCCUUAUCUUCACAAUGGACAGACCAUUGGCUGCUUUCUACUACAUUGUAUGUUAUUACUUAAAAUCAGUAUUUGGGAAACCCCAGCAUUUAUGCAGUGGAUAUGAACAGAAAUAUAAAAGUACAUGCCACUUUGUCUCAAUAUAUUGUCAUAUCUCCGUAAUCCUCAAGGAAAGCACUUUUGCUUUUAUUUAAGAUUUUGGAUUUUUUUAUGGGCUCCUGCUGUCUUCAGCACCUGAUAAAACUUUAACCAGGGAAGCAUUAAACAUCACGCAGCAGCUUCUGCCCAGGCUCCUGAGUCCCUGCCAGCAGCAUUUAUCAGUAAGAACUAGGGUGCUUCCUGCCGUGACACCAGCUUCCCUCAAAGCUGGACCGUGCUGCCGGCCUUAUGCCCCAGCAGGAUGAGGCGUCCCUCCUCCAGGACAGUAACAGAGUGCUCAGAAGUGUGUGCUGGCUGGCUGCAGCCCUAGGUUUGCAGAAAUCCCCGGGGAGAAGUCAUCAAGGGCAGCAGGUAAUGAAUGUCUCCGGAAUGGAUUGGGUCCUCACAGCAGUCCCUGUCUGCUUUCCAAAUUUGGGUUCUCCAGAGGCUGAGAGUGGAUUUGUCCUUUGAUUUUGUGAAACCCAGGGCAAUUCCAAGAAGUUCUCUUAGGCGUUUUGGCUCUGACAGCCCAGGAGGGGAAAUGACCUGUAUUGAAGACCAGCUGUGAUCCAGGCUCUGUACUCGGCCCCCAUUUGUCCGAUGAUAGAACGGAUGUAGAGUAAUAGGGCCCCUUGUCUCGAGUUACACAGCGAGGAAGUACUAGAGCUCUCCCUCACUUUGUGGUGGGCUGUAGGACAUCCACAGGAAGGAGGGAGGAAAGGGCUUCCGGGUCCCCCACUGCAGUCUGACUAUCCAUAGCCAGAAUCCCACUGACUCUGGAUUCUCUUUUGAAGUUGCACUUCAUGGCCACCGUUUGGGCUCAGAGAUGGCCUCGGGGUGGCCUCACUCUUCCACCUUAGCAGGCACAUGAAGUACACAUUGCUAACUUGAGCCUGUCCCCAGGAGUUGGGGGAGCCUUUCCUUUCUGGGGCCAUCCCCCAUAAAUAAAGUGAUUCUAGGCCUUCAAGAGUAUAGAAGUUCUCAGAGAUAGUAAAAGCGGAGGGUGUUCUGCUAAGUCCAUCUGAAAAUGUCUGGCACUGUACUCCUGCAGAAGAGGAAACCUUCACUUGUGAGCCCAGCCGGUGCUGUGCUCUCUGAGGGGGUGUUAACUCAGAGGCCAGUGGCUCUGGACUUUCCCGCUGAUAGCCGAUGAGUCUAUGUGCAUGUGCACAAAUGGACACAUGCACGUGGAUAUGCACACACAUAAAUUUAUGCUCGUGCACACGCAACUUAAGAACUAAGGGGAAUGGGGAAUUCAGAGCAGCCCCUCGUUACCUUGCAUGCCCCUGCAGAGAUUUCUGCUAGCCCUGGUCGGAGCUUCGGUGCUUGCUUCCCAGGUGCUAACGAGAAGAACAGUUCCUCCGCAAAGGCCGUCAGCCCCUAAAGCACUGAGCCUACGUGGCAGCCCUGAGGGGACUUGCACUCCGGACCUGCUCUGACAGAUGUCUGACGGCUUGCGAAAUUUGGAUGACGCAGCCAUUUUGGUGACCCGGGGGUCUGCCUACUCCGGUCAGGCCUGAGGGCACAGCUGCUGAGUUUAUGACUUGUGGUCAUGGCAGGGCACAGGAAGUCCUCUUCCCUACCUAGAAAAUACUCCCUUGCCGAUACUCGAAAUUCCAUACUCACAUAAUGGCCGCCCAAUACAUGCUUUGUACUAAGAAAAUGGGUUGCAUGUUUACCGUGUGCCUAGCACAUCUGGAAUUUUCUAUUUAAAACACAAAUCUCAUUAUAGAUUAACUCAGCCCAGCCUUAGGAGAGAAAGAAGGUCCAUAGGGGAGAGUUGUGAUCCCAUUACUAUUGCCUCUGCCUAGCAGUGUUCUGAAACCCCCACCCCAGGCCAUUCUAAGACCCGGAGGCCCAGGGGACCUGCCUGGUAGAACAGUAGCAUUGGGAACUGAGAACACAUCAGAAACAGCAGAGCAAGUGCCAGAGCAGGAGAAGGAAAACGAAUUAAGACACUUGUGGGUAUGUUGGUGCAAAAAAUGCCACAGAGCCUGUGCUGGCUUGAUAGGACCUUGAGAGGACAGUAGAUUUAGAUUAACGGUAGUCUGACCUGACCAGCUUUGUACAGUGACAGGCCACACUGCAUGGGGGGUGGGGGGACAGCCAACGAACCCAUUGUCCUCUGCCUGUUUUUCCGUGCCUAGUCACAUUCCCUCCUUAGUCACCUUCCCCUUUCACCCUUCGCAGUAAACAAGGGAACAGUCGAUCUUUCAAGGGAAUUACACAUUUGAGUUAAUGUUUCACUAUAUCAUUUUCAUACUGUAAAUUAUUUUGUAAGAGAGAUUUACCUCUAUCCCAGGAUGUUUGGACUCAGCACCCCUGUGCAUUUGGAAAUCAAUAAACUAUUACUGGAAAUAC